GAGAGAGAGGGGAGGUAGGGGUUUAGGAUCUAUAAACAUCGUCACAGACCGGUUUGUAUGUUGUUUGUUGUUGCUAUCAUUCAAAUAGCGCCCCCACCUCGGUCAAAUGGGUGUUGUGCAUCAUGUGCGAGAGAGGAUCUUCAGGGGAAGGACCACAGUAAAGUCAAUCACACAGCGUGUCGUAAAAGGAAAAAAAGUAAACGGAGUUAUGGUGUCAUGAUUAAAAAGAAAACUGGAUUGUGGUCAGGUUAACUCUUGGGGAGCGCCUAUGAUAUGUAUAAUACCCGUGCGGACGAUCUUUGGGUUUAAACCGCCGGCUCAUGUUACUCCAAAGUCGUCGUUUCAUUUAUUGCCUACGUUGCGCAGACACACACACACACACACACAGAGUGCGUUGUUGUGCUCAUAGCAAAGCGUUGAGCGGGCAUUGAUCUGCUUUCCCGGAGGAAGAACCGUCAUUUGCUUUUCAGGCAACUGUCAAUUAACGAACCCCUCCUCACUGUACACCGGUGCUCUGAGAGAGGGCACACUGAGAGGCGGCGGCGAGAG